AUGGCGAAUAGUUUAAUGGCGGACGUUCUGGAAAACUACAACAGGCCAGUCCACUUUGCGAAUUUAGAGAAUAAAGUGCCUUGUCCAAAUAAUUUAUGCAAGGGGAUCACGGCCUUUUAUAAAAAACACGGACUUCAACAUCAUUUUCGUAUCCGACAUCCAGAUGUUCAAUACGUCGGGGAAAAGAUUGAACAUGAUGCAUCGAAUAUGAUGAAAAAGUUGCAUGGUAAUGAAACAAGAUUGAUGAUCGAAAAGAUCUUCGAAAGGAGACGUAAGCAGGUAUGCAUUUACAUAUUAGGCUCAUUUACAUAAUGAAUAAUUGAUCAUAUCAUGUUAAUGUUUUUAAAAAUAUAUAUGCAAAACAAUUUUCGCUGAAUUCUGUAUUUAUGGAAUGUUUUUAAUAAUGUUUUGACUAUAAUAUUCAAAGGUAUCAAGCGAUGAAAGGAUAUUUUCUGUCUCUAUGGGUGAAGAUGAGUUGCAAAUUGUGGCAAAACGACCGAACGAAGCUGCCAAAACGUUUGGAAUGUAUUUGUUCCACUCUGGUAUCCUGCCCCAUUACUCCAAGGGUAACAAACCUGUUACAAUAACGGUAUCGUCGUUCGGCUUGCUUGUAAAGUUCAGUGCUUGGUAUAGCUCAAGAGAAUUUGCUGAUUUAAAUGGAAGUGGUACGGUCAUUGUAUUGCAGCCAUGCUUCAUUAAGAAGGUGAACUUGAUAAAUUGAAUGACAUUCCAUUUUACAUUGUAUAUAAAAUCUCCCUCCCCCCCCCAAAAAAAAAAAUAUACAUCCCUUUUUUAAUAUGUACAUCCCUUGGUUUAGUUUCUGAAUUUAAAAGGAGGGGGUAUUUAAUUUUCAUUUUUCUUAGGGGAUUGCAUAAAAUAAUUGAAAAUAAAUCCAAAAGUGGCCCCCAAAUUGUAGUUUAAAGAUCAUAUCAAGUCUGUAUAAUGUAAACAAAUCCUUUGUUUACAUUUUGAACUGCUAUAUUUGUAAAAUAAGACAUACUAACUGAAUAUCUAACACUUUUGUGGGUCGCUAUUUUUAAUGAAUAUAAACUAGAGUAUGUUUCAAUUCAAAAAGUUCAAAAGAUGCAAAAUUUGGGCAAUGUUUAUAUCUGUGGGCCCCCCUUUGGUAUGAGCAGAACUGAUGUGCAGAACGGACUUGACAUGGUCUUUAAAUAAUGCCAAAAUCAAGGACUGACCUUGUGAAAAGCUAAAAUCCGGGAAGAAAUGUUGGGGGAGGGGGUUUGAUGUAUAAUCUUCAAUGUAUAAUAUUCAAAAUUUUACAAAAUCCCACUCCAAAAAUCCUUGAAAUUGCAUUUCAGGGAGUGUAUAUUUCAACACUUUUUUGGUGGGAGCAUGGCCCAACCCCUUAGCCAUCUGCUUAACUACCCCCCCCCCCCUCCAAAAAAAGUAUGCCCCUGUCCAAAAUGAGCAAACCCCCAUAAAAAUAAUGUGAUGAAAUUUUGGUCAAAUUGAUCUGCAACCCAAAAUUCUUUCUUGACUUUUUAACAGAAUCUGGACAGUAUUGUUACUCCUUGUACUCGUGAUCAAGAUAAUCAAGUGCCCGAUUCUGUGAAAAACUCUACAGAUAUUGGAGAAAAAAUAAUCAGUGAAACUGGUGAUGUGGCCUUGGAUACUUUGAGAUCAGUGUUUGGAUAUAACCAGUUUAAAGGUAAACAGGAAGAAGCUGUCAAAACUAUUUUACAGAAAAAGGAUUGCGUGGUAUUGAUGCCAACAGGUGGAGGAAAAACUGUUUGCUACGCAGUCCCUGGCAUUGUUAUGUCCGGUGUUACCAUUGUAGUGACUCCCCUGAUUGCACUUAUUCUUGACCAAGUGCGAAGACUGCAAUCUGUCAAAAUAAGUGUGUGCUACUUAGUAUCAGAUAUGAGUGAGGACCAGUGGUCAAUUGUUUGCCAUGAACUCAGUUUGGCAUCUCCAUCUUACAAGUUUCUUUUUACAACACCAGAAACUUUACUAACUACAAAGGUUCGAAAUUUAAUUCAAACAAUGUCUGCCAGUUGUACACUUGCACAAUUUGUAGUGGAUGAAGCCCACUGUAUUGAUCAAUGGGGAUUCAAUUUUCGCCCCAGCUAUUCUAGUCUUGGAGCUUUGAGAGAUUAUGGUGUCCCAAUUGUAGCUUUGACUGGGACAGCUACUUGGAGGACAGUGGAAAUCAUUGUGAUGCAAUUGAGAAUGGAUAAUCCUGUCAUAAUUAAACAAUCAUUUGUUAGAACUUCUUUGACUUACAGUGUUGUUACAAAAAAAUCAUCUGCGAAAGAGGAUAUUUGCAAAUUGAUCCAGGAACAAUUUCCUGACAUGUGUGGCAUUGUAUAUUGUUCUGAGCGCAGGGACACCAUUGACAUGGCAUAUACUUUAAAAACCAAAGGAAUUAAUGCGACUUAUUUUCAUGGUGCCCUUGAUCCAUUUGAAAAGAAAGUAAAUAGUUCUGCUUGGCUUGAGGGAAGAGCACUUGUCAUUUGUGCCACAUCUGCUUUUGGUAUGGGCAUUGAUAAGCCCAAUGUCAGGUUUGUUAUUCACCUGACAAUACCAAAGUCACCCGAGGAGUACUACCAAGAAGCUGGCAGGGCUGGGAGGGAUGGUGCUCCUGCAUCAUGUAUCAUCUUUUUUAAAUUUGAAGAUAGAGUAAAAAAGCUAAGAAUGAUAUCUACAUUAGAUGAUAAUGAUCACAAGAAUUUGGCACAUGAUAGCCUGAAUGCUAUGACCAUGUAUUGCAUUAGCAAUGAUUGCCGAACACAGCUUUUGUUGCAAUACUUUGGCGAAAAAAUUCCAGAAUGCAAUAAUUGUGAUAACUGUAAAAACACGGAUCACACUGAAUGUAUUGAAGCCUCAAACGACGCAAAGAACAUAAUUAGCUGUGUUGAAUGUAUGUUGCAGAUCAGUGUUAAAGUAUCAUUCAAGGCAUUAGUGUUGACGUUUCUUGGAUCAAAGCGCAAAGAAAUUACGAAAAAGAAGUUUAACGAAGUAGAGUGUUUUGGUGCUGGCAAGGGUAAAUUUUCGUUUUUGACGGCAUCAGCAUUUGUACAGUUGUUGAUUACUAAAAAUAUUUUGAAAGAAAAUAUUCCAAGUAGCAAUGAUGUAACAACUAAUGCAACUAUUUCAAUUGGAGAUGGAGCCGAUGCCCUUUUAAAAGGGGAGAUUACAGUGGCACGAUAA